AUGCCAGAUAUAAACCAAUGUUGGGUUAAUCAGUACCCGUCGUUGACCUGUCUCGCUGGUACAUUUCAUCGCGUCGUAUUUCAUUCGUCGCCGCUCGACGCGGACGCGAAUUCGCAUGAGACCUUCACCCCGGGCGGUGCGGCGUCAAUUAAUCGCCGGGCGCGUCCCAAGUCUCGUGCUACAACCGAAGCGUGCGUCGUGUUGCGCUCUGGGUUCCAAAUACUCGGUUGCGUGUCUUUAAGUUGCACCGACAUUUUCGAGCUUUUUUCGUCACGGGCUCCUCUGCCACGGUUCCCUGAGCUUUGCGUUGAUUGA